AUUUUCCCUUUUCUUUCCCUCCACUACUUUCCCAAUGCCACCCGCUUUUGUAUUUAAGCACUGUGUAAGCAUCCUUUCUUAGCUUUCCCGGUUCCAAGAUUUCUGUCUAAUUUCAUCGAUAGUUUUCAAUCCAAAUGGUUGGGAAUGAUGAUGUAUCUGUUGAUCAUGUCAUUGGGAAAUUGAUUGAAAUGGGUUUUGAAUUCGAUAAGGCUGUAAAAGCCACUGAAGCUGUUGGUCCUUGUCUCGAUGAUGCUCUGGAGUUUAUCUUGAAUGGUUCUUGUGAUAGAGCUAGUGCUCCAGAUUGUUGUUCUACCGCCCCGCCGCGAACUCUGGGCAGGCGCAGGUUGAAGCAAUCGAACAUCACAAACCAUGUUUUUCCAAGUAGUAGGAAAAAAAGGAAUCUUUCUUUUGGUUCUUGUGAUGCCUCUUCUUCUAAGCAUAUGAAAAUUCAGGCUCAAUUCGAGCCUGCUACCAUAUCUUCUCAGCGGAAAUUUGGUGUUCAUGUGGAAGCUGCAAAGGCUGUGCUGACAUUGCAGGGGAAAACUAAUGUUGUACAGCCCAAGUUGUGUAGCUCUUGGGAGCGGAAAGUUUCUGGUAUUUUGCGAAAGCAUUUUGGGUUUUCAUCAUUGAAGAGUUUUCAAAAGGAAGCUUUGGAGGCUUGGUUGGCCAACAGAGAUUGCCUUGUGCUUGCUGGUACUGGAUCAGGCAAAUCUCUUUGCUUCCAAAUUCCGGCACUGUUGUCUGGGAAAAUUGUUGUUGUCAUUUCACCUUUGAUUAGUUUGAUGCAUGAUCAGUGCCUAAAGCUUGCUAAGCAUGGGGUGUCAGCAUGCUUCCUAGGAUCGGGACAACCUGAUAGCAGUGUUGAGCACAAAGCAAUGAGUGGCAGAUAUAAUAUUGUCUAUGUCUGCCCUGAGACAGUGUUAAGGCUUGUAGCACCACUUAAGAGGCUUGCUGAGAGUCAUGGAAUUGCACUUUUUGCAAUUGAUGAAGCGCAUUGUAUUUCUAAGUGGGGACAUGAUUUUCGACCUGAUUACAGGCGAUUGUCUGCCUUGCGAGAAAAUUUUAGCACUAGCAGGUUAAAGUUCUUGAAGUUUGAUAUCCCUUUAAUAGCACUAACUGCUACAGCAACAAUUCCUGUUAGAGAAGACAUUGUCAAGUCAUUGCACAUGUCAAAUGAUACAAAGAUAAUCCUUAGUUCUUUCUUCAGACCAAAUCUUCGAUUUUCAGUGAAGCACAGCCGGACAUCUUCUGAAUCAUCAUAUGCAAAGGAUUUUCGUGUACUUAUAGAAACUUAUGCUGUAGAAAGGAGGGUAACAAUAAAAAAAUCAGGUUGCUCAAAUGCUAUAGAUGAAGAUGAAGAUUCUCAUGUCUGCUGCAGAUCCUUAGAUGAUAGCAGCUCUGAUGGAGAGGAAUCAGAUGAAGAUUCUCAUGUCUGCUGCAGAUCCUUAGAUGAUAGCAGCUCUGAUGGAGAGGAAUCAGAUGAAGAUUCUCAUGUCUGCUGCAAAUCAUUGGAUGAUAGCAGCUCUGAUGGAUACAAAUCAUGCCCAUAUCAUAGGAAUUGUUACUGUGAUUAUGAUGGUGCUGAUGGUCCUGAUACAGAUUCAACAGACGAUGAUUCUGCAUUUUCUCGCGGGAAAAACAAGCUUCGAGUUGAAUAUCUUGAAGAUGAGCUAUCCAAUGCUCUAUUUGUAGAUGAUUUUGACGUUUCCUGUGGCGAGUUCAUUGGAAAACCUUUAUCUGCAAGCUAUGAGUUUUGUGAAGCAUUGGUGAUACCUAGCAAAGAAGCAUCUUUAGAACAAGGCCCUACAAUUGUAUAUGUACCCACAAGGAAAGAAACAUUAAAAGUGGCGGAGUACCUUUCAAGACAUGGUGUUAGAGCUGCAGCUUAUCAUGCAAAGCUUCCAAAAUCCCAUUUGAGACGCGUCCAUGAUGAAUUUCACUGCAAUCAGUUGCAGGUUGUUGUGGCAACAAUUGCUUUUGGUAUGGGUAUUGACAAGUCAAAUGUUCGAAGAAUCAUCCAUUAUGGUUGGCCACAGAGUUUGGAAGCAUAUUAUCAAGAAGCAGGUCGAGCUGGAAGGGAUGGGAAGCUAUCAGAUUGUACUUUAUAUGUGGACUUAUCUACAAUUCCAGCACUUCUUCCUAGUCAAAGAAGUGAAGAACGCACAAAAGAAGCAUAUAGAAUGCUAUCUGAGUGUUUCAGAUAUGGUAUGAAUAAUUCAGUGUGCAGAGCAAGGAUGCUGGUGAAGUACUUUGGUGAGGAGCUUACUAACAACAGAUGUCAUUUAUGUGAUGUCUGUGUUAGUGGAUCUCCAAAAAUUCAAAAUCUAAAGGAAGAAGCAGCCAUUUUUCUUAGGGUAGUUCAAGCUGAAUAUAUGGAUGUCAGUGCAGUGUAUGGUGAAAACAGUAAUAGAAAUUUCCUAGAGAGACCCAAUUUCAAGACGCUUGUCGGUAAAAUAAGGCGACGGUUUCAUGAGUACUCAGCUAGUAAUCAGCUAUGGUGGCAAGGUCUUGCACGCAUACUAGAAGAUAAGGGGUACAUAAGGGAAGGCGACGAUGACAAGGUGCACGUUUGCAUCAAGUAUCCGGAGCCAACAAAACUGGGAUUGAAAUUUCUUAAAUCUGGGGAAGCCUUGUAUGCAUGUCCAGAAGCAGACAUGUUAUUAUCAAUGAAAAAGAAGAAGCCGUACUCGAGCUUCUCUGACUGGGGACGAGGUUGGGCUGAUCCUGAGAUUCGUCGGCAAAGACUCCAACAAACAAAAUCUGGAUCUGGGUCUCUGAAGAGGAAGAUGCCCUCCAAGCGACCUCCCGGGGAUUCAAACAAGGUCAAGAGAAAGAAACUCAAACAGGAGGAGCGAGCUUCUUCUUUAUCAACCAUGAUUUUCUGAUCUGUGGAUGAGGAUCUUCAAGUUGAUUUUGUCUUCACAGAUUGUGAACAUAUGGCAACUGAAAAAUCAUAUGAGAGGCAUGGAAGUUAAAACCAUUCCAAGGGAUUGGAACCACUUGGUAGAUAGACUUGCAACUCAAGGAAGAUAUUCUCAUGAGUUAUCCUUGUUUCACAUAGGAAUGGAGUUGUCAGAGUGGCUUUUGAAAGCUUGUAUUAGAUUGGGUUUCUUCUUUUAAUUGUUUCUUUUUUGUUCUCUGUUGUUGGUCUAGUUGCUUCUCCGUUUUUCUUUGUUUUCUCGGCUUCGGUGUAUUUAGCUUUCUUUGAUGCAAUAUAUUAGCUACUAUAAUUUACAAGUCUGCUAAUAUGCUGCUCGCCUGCUCUCUUGGCUUUCAACAAAUACCGGGUCUCAUCAGCAAGAAACUUCAGAGGCCUCCCAAAGAAUCAAGCGCUCCCUCAACUUCCUGAGCACCAGACAUACAGAUCAUAUAGGCGAUUCGGCGCAAAUUACUGAUUCGGAGUAGUUUUUCUUUAUUUGCUGUUGGGCAAGGCCUAUGUCUCCAGACGGUAGCUUUCGCCGAUCAGCCUAUUACCUUACUCUUGUUGUCUCUCUUUACUUUUUUAUUGUUCUAUUUGCUGUUCUCCUCAUCUCUGGUGAGGAUUUCAGACCAUUUUUAUUUCUAGUUCUUCUUGUUGUCUCAGACCGCUGUAUUUCUCCGUACUCUUUUUAUUUUAAUAAAUUUGUGGUUUAUUCA